GGUCGGACUAAGCAAGCGGAAGUUGUGUGCCUCACUUGCGGAGGUCAAAUAGGUUUGUCGCGCUCCUCAGAGACACUCAGUCUCUUUCAGGAUCAAAACUGACCGCCGAGUAUCAGUGAGGUUUGCGGACUAACUGCUGCAGUCAUGGUGAGGAAAAAGCAGUUUCGCCCCAUCGCAGAAAUGGCUCGGAAGAUCCGGGCGUACCGAGAACUCAAGUCCCAGCCACGGGAGUCCCAGAAGUACGCCCUGGACUACGAGACCAUGAAGCGGCCCUACACGGGGAAGAGGAUGCCGGUGCUGGCCUGGCAGGAUAUCCGCAGGGAGAGCCGCCUCUUCUCUCUGCUGGCGGGCAUGAGGAUGUUCGGAAUGGGCCGUCUCUUCACACGCAAGUCGUGGCUGGAGGACCACACGGCGCCCAGCUACUGGCAGAUCACCAAGGUCAAGGUAGACUACACGUCUGAGAACAUGGAUCACGGCAAAGCGUGGGGGAUCCUCACCUACAAAGGAAAACAGGAGAGCGAAGUCAAGGAGAUCGACAAGGCGAUGUACCACGACUGGCGCCUGAUUCCCAAAAACUUAGAGCAGCAGUUUAAGGACUUUACACCGCUCCCCGAGCCGCCCGUGCGCCACGUCCCCUACCCUCCCCUGCUCCGAGCCAUGCUGCUGGCCCAGCACAAGAAGGUGGAAGGCAGCGAAUUAACCGAGGAGCCGGCCUUACCUUUAUGGAGGGACGUUGUGCUUAACAAGGACUAUUUCCGCAAGCAGGAAAAAGAGAGACAGAAGAAAGAAGGGACUGCAGUGUAAGAUUUAACUCUUGGACAUUUUGAAACAAAUCAGUGUUCACAGAAAUCCUAACUUCCUGAACACAAAUGAGUUCUCUGCUGUUUUCAGAAACAGACCUCCCCAUGUGUCUGCGUAAUGUGUUGGAUAUUAAAUGUCAGAUAAAAUGUUGUCAGUG